AGGGGUGUGAGUAGUUGGUGGUAUGGCGCCCUAUCUUCCGUCUGCGCUGCCUGUUGGGCUUUAGAAUAGCAGCGUGGUCUUCAGACGGCGUGGAACUACAAAUACCAGCAUGCCUUGCUGUCCUUGGUGGAGGAGACUCGCGUUUAAACACAAAACUUUACCAAAAAUACAUGUACAUGCAUUUUUGAUCCACUUCUGCUGAAGUCUAUAGAGCCAAAAAUGAUCUCCCCUGCGUCAGGCUUCUCCUUUCCAUGAGAUCAUCCCCCUGUAGUCCUGCAUUGUAAGCAACCCGAGAGCCUUUCCACAACCUGGAGCAUCAAGGGAAAAGGAGACUGCUGGCUGCUGGGGGAACUUGGGGGGAGGAAAUUAAACUUCCAUGGAGAAUUUAUCAUCCCGUGUUAUCAGUUCACCUUGCAGCCACCCUACCUUGACCGCCUUCUCUCCAUCCCAGAAAAUGGAGGCUGCUCAUGACUGGCGGAGUGUGUCUCUCUAUUCUGAAGCAAGCUUUAUACGACAAUGAAAUUGGCAGCAGACACAAAGUGAAACCGGUGCCUCAUAAUGAAUGAGUUGAAUCUGAGUGCUGUGGGCAUGGACCAGCUUACCGCCUCCUCUGUUGCCAAUUCUCUGCCUGUCUCAGGAAACCACCUUGGACUCUCAGCUUUCCCGCCACACAAUGCUCUUACCACAUCAUGUCUGCCGGUGGCCAUUCCCAACAUUGGUCCAUCUUUGAGCUCCCUUCCUUCUGCCCUUUCUGUCAUGCUUCCUAUGGGCAUCGGAGAGAGAGGCGUAAUGUGUGGCCUCCAGGAGAGAAAUUACACCUUGCCACCCCCGCCAUAUCCACAUCUUGAAAGUAGCUACUUCCGCCACAUACUGCCUGGAAUCUUGUCAUAUUUAGGAGACCGCCCUCCUCCUCAAUACAUACACCCAAGCUCUUUAACUGUUGAUGGUAAUGGAGGCCUUACGGUAUCCAACAACUCUACAUCCCUAGAUCCAUAUCAGUCCGGUGGCUCUGUCGGGCUGGAGACAGGAAUGGUGUCUCUGGACAGGACAGUGGGUGGACAUUCCAGCCAGAGCUUACACCCCAGUGAUGGGCACGAGGUGGUGCUGGAUGCUGGGAUCAGUAUGGACAACGUGUCCCGGGUGAAUAGUCCCAUCACUACUGAACGGAUAGAGGAACUGACCAUCGAAAGUGUGACCGGAGAGCACUCGCAGAUCUCCAGUGUGUCACGCUCCCACGAGUCUCCCACUGUUGAGGCCAACCUACCUCUGGACGCUGUGGGCCAUGCUGGGGUCCUGCCAUUACACAGCGGAUCACUGGAGCUUCCCGUGGUCAUGGAGAGCGAGCACCAUAUGGGGGCUCGGUCCAGAAUGACGGAAAACUCACUCAGCGAUGCUAUCCACACUGUGGCCUUGAACAGUAACCCUGUCAGCGUGGCGCUUUCUACCUUGCAUCCGCUCUCCUCUUUAACCUCAGUUUCACUACAAGGGGGGGCCAUGAGCUUGGAGCCAGUCACUGUGUCUUCCAUCACACAUGAAGUAUCACUGGCAGGCGGGCAUGUCGAUGCUGGCAAUCUGACUUUCGUCCCGUCGUCCUUGCAGAUCGACUCAAACUCCAACAAGGAAAACGUGGCCACUCUUUUUACAAUUUGGUGUACACUGUGUAACCGGGCAUAUCCCUCAGACUGCCCAGAUCAUGGACCAAUCACCUUUAUCCCCGACAGCCCCAUUGAGAGCCGGGCUCGCCUGUCCCUUCCCAAGCAACUGUUCCUGAGGCAGUCGGUGACGGGGGCAGAAAUAGGAGUGUGGACCCAGGAAAAUAUUCCAGUCAGAACUUGCUUUGGCCCCUUAAUAGGACAAGAGAGUCAGUCCUUGGAGGUUGCAGAAUGGACUGACAAAUCUGCCAAUCACAUCUGGAAGAUGUAUAACAACCAUGUGAUGGAGUUCUGCAUCAUAACGACAGACGAGAAUGAAUGUAACUGGAUGAUGUUUGUCCGGAAGGCAAGGAACCCAAAGGAGCAGAAUAUGGUGGCUUACCCUCAUAACGGAAAGGAUAUCCCCGCCCAGGAGGAAUUGCUCUUCUAUUACAGCCGGGACUACUCUCAGCAGCUGGGUUUGCCUGAGCAGCCAGAGGUGCUGCUGUGUCACUGUGGGAAGGAGUGCUUCUCAUACGCAGAAUUUAAGGCUCACCUGAACAGUCAUGUGAACAGUCACCUCACCAGUGAGACCCUGAGCAGUGAGGACACCAGCCAAGCAUUGACCCCUAGCAAAGAACGCAAGUGGAAGUGCUCAGUGUGCCCGCGAUUCUUUUCUUCAUCCUCCAAGCUCAAUGUACACUACAUGGGGCACAUGGGCAUGAAACCCCACAAAUGUGAGUUCUGCAGCAAAGCCUUCAGUGACCCAAGCAAUUUGCGCACUCAUCUCCGUAUACACACAGGACAGAAGAAUCAUCGCUGCAAUCUUUGUGACAAAUUGUUUACGCAGAAAGCUCACUUGGCCUCACACAUGGUGACCCACACGGGUGAGAAGAACCUGAAGUGUGACUUCUGUGAGAAGAUGUUUAUGAGGAGGCAGGACCUCAAACAGCAUGUGCUCAUUCACACCUGCAAAGCUGGUAAAGACAACUCUGGGUCCACCACCGAGAACAGAAGAUCAUCUGCAAAUGCAGCCACUUUAUAUUCCUCUCCUUUACUCCGAAACCCUCUUAUAUCCGUGUUUGAUCUAAUUGUUCUCAGAAGUGGCUCCAGUGUUAGGACAAAGAUUAUUGGGGACAGUGGACACCCUUGUCUUGUUCCGUUUUUAAUUGGGAAGGGAUCAGAUAGUACCUCGUUAACCUUCACCCUUGCCGACGGGCAAGAAGAAAACUCUAAUAUGUCAGAGAAAAGACAAAAGUUGAGUGGUCAUGCCUACCGCCAAAAUGCAAAGGAGAAAGCUGAGCGUAUCAAAGAAGAGCUCAAGCACAUGCCAAAGAUACAACGUUUUUUCUCUAACAGAGGCACUGCUGGAGGUUCUGUACCUGUGGAGACUGAACAGGUGGCAGAAGGGCAGCAAUACAUACAAGACAAUACCACUGAGCCUGUUGCAACUUCUGCAAUAAUUAAUGCUAAUGAAGAAGCCAAUAUUGAUUUGGAAUUUUCUUCUGAUCCUGUGGAUUGGGAUAGGGAUAGUGAAAAGCUGAAGGACUAUUUAGCUAUAAAUGGCAUCACUCAGAAUAAAAAUGCUGACUUUUCCUUAUCGGCUCGCAAAUAUUCUGAUCGGACCCGGUCAUUCUCCAAUUUCUUUUUUAAACGUAAACUGCUGAAUGGAGAACUGCGUGAGAGAACCUGGCUGGUAUACUCUGAAAAAGCAAAAGCUGUUUUUUGUGCCCCUUGUCUUCUUUUGGGUAGUUCAUCUGCUAAAUGUCAGUUGGCUCAAGAAGGAUUUAGUGAUUGGAAGAAUGCUUCUGUUCGCCUAAGAGAACACGAAGACUCUGAGCAACAUAAAACAUGUUUUAUGAGUAUAAACAACAGGAACACUGCAAGUGGCAAAAUGGAUAACAUGCUGGUUUUGCAACAAAACAAUGAAAGAGAGUACUGGAGAAAUGUCCUCAGGCGUGUUGUUGCGAUUGUGAAGGCUUUAUCUUCUCGUGGAUUGGCAUUUAGAGGCACAGAUGUAAGUUUUGGCUCUCAAACAAAUGGUAACUAUCUAAUGUUACUUGAACUCAUUGCUGAGUUUGAUCCCUUCAUGAAAGAGCACAUUAAGCGCUAUGGCAAUGCUGGCUCUGGCACAGCAUCCUAUCUGUCCAAAACUGUUUGCUAUGAAUUCAUUGAAAUAUUGUGGGAAGUCUUAACUUCUCAUUUAAAUGCCAAGUCCACGGUUAAAAAUCUGUCCGUCACAAGAUGGUCAGCACGCAGUGAUGCAUGUCGUACUCUGAGGAAAUCAUGGACAGAAAUUAUUGAAGCCCUGGAAGCAAUAGAGGAUGAUGACUCUCAAAGGCCAGUGACAAGAAGUGAGGCUGCAGCACUUCUAAAAAGUCUGAAUUGUCUGGAGACCGCCUUCAUGACAGCUCACCUGAACAGUCAUGUGAACCUCACCAGUGAGACCCUGAGCAGUGAGGACACCAGCCAAGCAUUGACCCCUAGCAAAGAACGCAAGUGGAAGUGCUCAGUGUGCCCGCGAUCCUUUUCUUCAUCCUCCAAGCUCAAUGUACACUACAUGGGGCACAUGGGCAUGAAACCCCACAAAUGUGAGUUCUGCAGCAAAGCCUUCAGUGACCCAAGCAAUUUGCGCACUCAUCUCCGUAUACACACAGGACAGAAGAAUCAUCGCUGCAAUCUUUGUGACAAAUUGUUUACGCAGAAAGCUCACUUGGCCUCACACAUGGUGACCCACAUGGGUGAGAAGAACCUGAAGUGUGACUUCUGUGAGAAGAUGUUUAUGAGGAGGCAGGACCUCAAACAGCAUGUGCUCAUUCACACCUGUGACCGCCAGAUAAAGUGCCCAAAAUGCGACAAGCAGUUCUGCAGGACCAACCGCCUGAAGAAACACCUGAAUUCCCAUGAAGGGAAGAGGGACUAUGUAUGCGAGAAGUGCUCCAAGGCCUUUCUCACCAAAUACCACCUCACACGACAUCUGAAGAUCUGUAAAGGCCCCACCACAGCACCACUUACUGAUGUGGACGAGGAAGAAGAUGACUCUGAGGAUGAGAAGUUACUAAGCUCAGACUGUAAUGUAUUUAAUACCGAUGGGAAUCUCUCUCAUACGUGACAUGAGUGGUGUGGACGCUAUUUAUUUUAUUUAUUGUGCGCGUCCAUCUUAUCGGACUGAGUUCUCAGUGCACGAUUGGAAGAAAAACAUUUUUUAUGCUGGCUCCGGGCUGUAUAGAAGGGGCCUUAAUGUUGAUUUGUGUACAUAAAUGAAGUAUCCAUAUAUAAAAAAAGGAAAUUGUGAAAGUUC